AUGGAAAAAGUUAAAAAAGUUGUUUUAAUAACUGGUUCAAAUAAAGGCCUGGGUUAUGGUUUAGUGGAAGAUCUUCUUUCUAAACACUCUUAAAAAUUUAAAGUAAUUAUGACAGCCAGAGAUCAAUUAAGAGGUAUUUAAGCCUAGUAAAAAAUAAAAGAGAAUUACCCAAACGAAGAAGUUGAUUUCCAUCUUUUGGAUGUAGAAAAUGAUAAUUCAAGACAAGUUGCCUUCAAAUAUGUUUAAGAGAAAUAUGGCAAAAUUGAUGUAUUAGUUAAUAAUGCUGGUUAUUUAUUUCAUUCAGAAUUUUAAAAGGAGGAGAGCUACCAACCUACUUUAGAUGUUGCCUAAAAAACUUUAAACAUUAAUUUAUUUGGGGCUAUUGAAAUGACUGAGCUUUUCUUACCUAUACUAGCUGAUGACGGGAAGAUAAUAUAAAUAUCUUCUAGAGGAGGUUGGAUGUCUAAUUAGCCUGAAGCUACCUAAAAAAUAUUUACAGAUCCUAAAAAUUUCUCAAAAAAAUAAAUUUUUGAUUUUGCUCAAGACUUCUACAAACAAUGUGAAACUAGAAUUGAUAAUGAAAAAAUGAGAUGGUCUUUUAGCUCUUACGAAGUAUCCAAAUUUCUUUUGAAUGCCUAUGUUAGAUACUUAGGAAAGUAAUUACUUAAAGAGAAUUAACAGAUGUUUACAAUAACUCCUGGUUGGGUAAAAACAGACAUGGGAACAGAUAAAGCAGAAAGAACCAUUGAAGAAGGCAACGAUACCACACUAUAUCUCAUAACUUAGGUUGCCUUUGGUAAAAAUGAGGAACUAAACUGUAAAUUUAUUGGCGAUAGAGUAGUAAUUGAUUGGUGA